CUGAAAGUCAUUGCUAUUGAUGAACAGCUGAGAGUCAUUUAUGAGGAUAAUGUUCAUUUUGAUAAAGACCUUCCGGAAUUUAAGACUCAAGGUGGAGUCUAUAUUCACAGUGACAGGCUGACAGUCACUUCCCCUGUGCUAAUGUGGGUCAAGGCCCUGGAUAUGAUUUUGGAAAAGAUGAAGUCUUCAGGCUUUAACUUCUCUCAAGUCAGAGCUUUGUCUGGUGCUGGCCAGCAACAUGGGAGCGUGUACUGGAAAGAAGGAAGUGCCCAGAUUUUGAAGAAUGCCUCAUCCAAACUGCCUUUACAUCAGUCACUAAAGGGCUGUUUUUCUGUCAGUGAGAGCCCCAUCUGGAUGGAUUCUAGCACAGCUUCCCAGUGCAGUGCUCUGGAGAAGGCUGUGGGGGGAGCAGAGCACCUAACAAGUAUCACUGGUUCUCGAGCCUAUGAGCGUUUUACAGGAAACCAGAUAGCAAAGAUUUACAGCCAGAAUCCUGAGGUCUACAUGCAAACUGAGAGAAUCUCUUUGGUGAGUAGUUUUGCAGCUUCCCUUUUCCUAGGAGCUUACGCACCCAUUGAUUACAGCGAUGGUUCUGGUAUGAACUUGCUGCACAUCUGGGAAAAGGUAUGGUCAGCAUCCUGCCUUGAUGCUUGUGCACCUGGGUUAGAGGAGAAACUAGGAUGCCCUGUACCAUCCCAUUCAGUCCUGGGGACUAUUUCUCCAUAUUAUAGCCAGCGUUAUGGGUUUAGCCCAGACUGUAAAAUAGUGGCAUUUACUGGAGACAAUCCAGCAUCGUUGGCAGGGAUGAGACUUCAAGAAGGAGAUAUUGCAAUUAGCCUUGGCACAAGUGACACAUUGUUUCUGUGGAUCCAAGAACCAACUCCUGCCUUAGAAGGUCAUAUCCUCUGCAAUCCUGUUGAUUCUCAAGCAUACAUGGCACUUUUAUGUUUUAAGAACGGCUCUCUGAUGAGAGAGAGGAUCAGAGAUGACUGUGCUUCAGGCUCCUGGGAUGAGUUCUCCAAAGCUUUAUCAUCUACUGCUGCUGGAAACAAUGGGAACUUGGGUUUCUACUUUGAUGUGAUGGAAAUUACUCCUGAAGCAGUAGGAAUUCACAGAUUCAACAGAGACAACCAGAAGGUUUCAGACUUUCCAAAGGAGGUUGAAAUAAGAGCGUUAAUUGAAGGGCAGUUUAUGGCCAAGAGGAUUCAUGCUGAAAAGCUGGGAUAUAAAGUCAUGCCCAGAACAAGGAUUUUGGCUACUGGUGGUGCAUCCCACAAUAAAAAGAUCUUACAGGUCCUGUCUGACGUGUUCCACGCGCCGGUGUACACCAUCGAUACCGCCAACUCCGCCUGCCUGGGAAGUGCUUACAGAGCAAUCCACGGGCUUGUAGCUGAGGCGAAUGUGUCCUUGGCUGAUGUCAUGAAAUCAGCACCGGAGCCUCGACUGGCUGUUACACCAACUGCUGGGGCUGAGGAGCUCUAUUGUCCACUUCUGAAAAGAUAUGCUGAGCUUGAACAGAAGGUUAUCUACAACCCAACCUCUUCGUGUCUUGUGAAAUAGAAGCAAGCAAAAUUUAUAAGUUGGCUGAAGAGUGGACUCCCAAGGAGAAGAUCAGAAAAGAUUUGCUCAGAAUUUACUGGCGUUGUUUAAAUCAUUUUAUUCCUCUUUGCAGACAAAUAAUUUUUAAAUGUCUGUGUUGGUGGAAAAAAAUUACAUUGUGAUUGAAAACCUGAUUAAAAAA